AUGGCGAAUUUAAAAGAUAUAGAAGUUGGCAAUUAUUUCAUAUGUAACUUAAAAGAUUAUCCCACAGGAAAUUGCAGUGUUGAUCAUGAUUAUAACAAAACAAUAAAAUUGCUUUGUCCUAUUGUUCAUAAUAAGAAUAGCAGUGAUAAGGUAUAUGAUCCUUCAUAUUGUUUUAAAUAUGAUGGGAUAAAAGAUGAAUUUAUUAUAAAUAAUAAACAAAAUCAUAUACACAACACUUUACCUGGAGUUAUAUUAACAAAUCAUAUAGAAAACGAUACUUAUAAUUUGAGUAUAUAUCCACCGUUUGUUGUAAAAGAAGAUAUAACUAUUGUUUGUAUAUGUGACAGUGAAAAAGGAAAUGAAGGAAUAACACCGUAUCUUAAAAUAAACAUAAAAAAAACACAUGGCUUGAAUAAUAAUUUAGAAGGUGAUUAUAUAAAAGGGUGUGAUUAUGGAAACAAUAUAGGUAAAUAUCAAUUUUUAACAAAGCCUGUAAAAUAUGUUAGCAAUCCUGUUUGCGAAAUAAAUGCAUAUCCUGGGGAUGUUGUUGGAAUAAAUUGUAAUAGUUAUACUACUAAAAUGCAAGGCGCCCGUUUAGAACCAGAAAAUUGUUUUAGCAUGGUAUAUUUUUCUAAUUUAACAAUGCAAUUUGCAAAAACGAGUGUAAAUAAUAUAAUGCCUAAUGCAAAAUAUUAUCCCGAUUUAACACCUCAUCCUGGAAAUCAAAAUUCAAAAAUGUUCUUAACGUCAUACUUAUUGAUACCUAAUGACAUAGAAAGGGACAUUUUAAUAUAUUGCCAUUGCUCAUAUAACGGAAACAAAGGAUUAGCAAUAUUUAACAUUUUUGCUACAAAAACAAGUUAA